AAAAAAAAAAAAACAUUUCUAUGAGAAUUACACUAUUAGGGGUCCAUAGACACAUUGUUUACAGCAUUGGUUAUAAGUUACUACAGUGGAUUAAAAUAAACUUAUUUUAACUUAAUUAAAUUUUUAGCUACUUGUAGCUAUGUCAUUCACUGUUUUAACAAUUAAAACAAUAUGCACCAAAAACUGCAUGCCAUAAAUGUCACAACAAGCUUUUAUUUCUUAUGUCCCUGAGAACCAACAGUUUAAAUUUUUUUUUUUUUUUAUUAAAUACAAUGUGCCUAAAAAUAAUACAAAUAAUUGGGCCAUUAUAGGGAAGCAUAUCUCAUAUGGCAGAGACAGAUUUAGCUAAAGCUGCUUUUGGUGCUCUACCUGCACAGAUUUGUUAUAUGCAUGGGAAUUUCAACUUACACUUGAUUUGUUCAACAUAUUGAAAAGAAGGUUGGAAUCUAUACCACUUCUCCGAAUUCCUGCUGCAGAAAUGAAGGAUAUUAUGACAUGGUGACUCUAAAUGCCUUUACUUAUUUGGCAAUGGCUUUCAUAGUGCAUUGUUUGAGGAAUCAGAAAUUCCAGUUUCAAGGUUUUCAAGCAUAAACUUGCCCAUAACCUCCAUGCUCUAAGAUUCAGUCAGAUUGCAGCCAAGAUUAAACUCAUGCAGCAUAGACAGAAAAAUAAACAACGUUCUUUCAGCUUGUCAGGGCAAUAAUGAAAUACCCCAGAUUAAACCUUGUUCCCACAUUUGAAUGGACCAGCCAAAGUCCAGUGUCUAGGAAAUAGCACCAAGACCAAAGAUCCAUUCAGUCUAACUAAGCUUGAGUAUAGCUAAUACUUAGGGGUAAAUCUUAACCUUAAAUCCGUUUUAGAUUUGCAUAGAAGCUGAAUAGCACAUUGAUGGAAAGAGCAAACCUCAAAAGACGUUUGAAGAGAUUUGCGUGUAGAAGCUUGACAUUAAUGUCAGAUAUUCUGACACACUGAGAUCAGUUAAUCAGUGUUAAAUUUCCAUUAUGCUUCUCUGGUUUUCUGGGCUGAUCUUUAGGUGUGCUUGAUCAAGGAAGUAAAUGGUUGGCUCAGGGUUUCCUUGCCACCUGUUUCAAGACAUUGAUCCUCCUCCCACAGGGUGUACAGUGAUCCAUUGAUCUGCUUUGAAGUACUGCCAGACGGUGCCGAAGUUAGGCUACGUGAGCAAUAAAAGGGGGGCACCACCAGUACCUGCUUGGUUGGGAUGGAGUGAAGAAUCAUCACAGUCUACAUAACCAGCAUGCCAUCCGCUGAUCUCAUCCUGGUGACCACCGUCUUUAUGGCCUUCAUUAUUACGCUCACGUCUGGUGGCAGGACCACACGUUGGCCCAAACCUCAGAACACCAACAAGCCUCCUCAAACUGGGACCAGUGGUUUCGGUGGGGGAUUAAGGUCUGGACAGAUUGCUACAAAAAACCCAUCUCCCUCCAGCAGCCUGCACACAGAAGAAACAACUGGGUUUAUGACGGAUGGAUACUCCCUGUCCCCAACAGACAGCAGCAUCUUCAACAGUGAGGCUUACCCAACUGAGUACCUCACUGAUGCAAUCCUCCCCCCUGGAAAUGCCCCUGGAAAUUAUACAUUUGACUACAAUGAAUGCUUCUUCAAUGUUUGUGAGUGCUGUCCACCAGAGAAAGGUCCCGAAGGUCCGACUGGCGAAAAGGGGUCACCGGGGGAAAGGGGCCCUCCAGGGUUACCAGGAGAAAAGGGAGAAAUUGGACCCCCGGGUUCUCCGGGACCCGCUGGGUUACCUGGGCUCAGUGGAUUAAACGGAGAGAAAGGUGGAAAAGGAGAUCAAGGGCCAAACGGUUUACCGGGCUCCCCUGGAGUCCCAGGGAAACCUGGAGAAAAAGGUGAUUUGGGCUUCAAAGGAGAGAAAGGUGAAAAUGGGAUCAAUGGGCUGAAAGGAGACGCAGGAGAAAAAGGAGAGCCUGGUCACAAUGGAACUAUGGGCACCAUUGGACCUAUGGGUCCUCCAGGGACAGCUGGGACAAAGGGUCAGAAAGGUGAACAGGGACGUUUGGGAGAAUGUCUGCUUGGUGAGAGAGGACAGAAAGGUGAUCUUGGUGAUCCUGGGCCUCCUGGUCCAAAGGGUGAGAUGGGUCCUCAAGGAGCAAAUGGCAGUGAUGGUUCAAAAGGCGAAAUGGGGCCAGCAGGAGAGAAGGGAGAGACUGGCGCAAGAGGGCCUCCAGGUGCAAGGGGAGUAGCAGGAAUGAAGGGAGAGAGGGGAGUUAAAGGUGUACGGGGCCCUCGGGGCCCAAAAGGCGAUCCAGGUGAGAGUUUGGAGCCGGUUCGUUCUGCUUUCAGUGUGGGUUUGUUCCCAAGUCGGUCCUUUCCUCCACCCGGACUGCCUGUGAAGUUUGAUAAGGUCUAUUACAAUGAGGAGGGUCACUGGGACCCGGCACUCAACAAGUUCAACGUCACACACUCGGGAGUCUACUUACUCACUUAUCACAUCACUGUGCGCAACCGGCCCCUGCGGGUUGCCUUGGUGGUUAAUGGGGUGCGGAAAGUGAGGACACGAGAUUCCCUUUACGGCCAGGACAUCGACCAGGCUUCCAACCUUGUCCUGAUGCAGCUCAGCGAGGGAGAUCAGGUGUGGCUGGAGACCCUGAGAGACUGGAACGGGAUUUACUCCAGCAGCGAGGACGAUAGCACCUUCUCUGGCUUCCUGAUUUACCCAAACUCAACUACAAAAACAAGCGCUAUGAAAAAGAUUUAAGUGCAACUUCUAACUUUACAACUUUCUUACGUUAGCUCCUUUUCCAACUGUGGUUUGUAGAGGCUUAUCUCUCAGCUUAUGUUUCUGUAAAAAUGUUGCAGCUUAGAAUUCUUUUUUUUUUGUCUUAAGAGUUACUCUGAUCAAACCAAUUACUUUGCAUGUUUUACUACACUAGGACACUGAGAGGGCAUCAUUUUUUUAUUUCAAAUUUUGUUGGUUGAACUGCAUUAAAAUUACUCUGCUUGAAAGAACACUUAUGUAUGGAUUUUUGUUUAUUAAGAGAGCCAGUACUAAUUUCAUGAAGGAUUUGGGAUUUCAGUAAGAAAAUCCCAUCAAUUCUUCAGACCUUAAAUUACCCCAAGUAACCACUAGAGGGCAUAAUAUGCUCAUAUUUGGCAAAAAAUAAUUACUGGGGACCUUAACGUCGCGUUUUGCAUUAGAAGACAGGCAAACAGGUUGUGGAAAGAGACUAAAAACACGAUGUGGCUGUAAUUUUAAUAUCUGAAUCUAAUCACUCGAAAAAAUGAAAAUUAACUUAGAAAAUUAGGAAGCUGUCUGCAAACAGAGAAGGUUAAUAUUAGCGUUAAACAUGAUACCAGUCACAGAGCUGGAUGGAAAACACUCAAAAUCUUUUUCUUUCUUUUUUUGGUUUUUUACUUGAUUCACAAAGACUUGGUCUGACUCAUAAUAGUUAAGUUGAAUUACCUUGCUAUAAUUAGAAUGGAAAUAUGAAUAUUAAUAAUCCUGGUUUAUUCUCUUAGUAACUAAUCACAUUUAACACGAUCAGGACAAAUUUCUCAUGAUUGCUGUCAAGCCAACUGAUUGUGUGCAUGGAGUAGAACAGCCUUCCAAUG